UCAACCUCCCUGAACUCUCUCUCUCUCUCUCUCUCUCUCUCUCUCUCUCUCAAUUCAAAGAUGGCGAGUGGUCUCUCCCAUCUUCUUGGUGCUCACUCUGUGCAUCAUCAUGGAUGCCUUCUCUACUUAUCUACCCAACAGUCUAGAUUCCCAACGCUACACAGAAACCCCAUAUAUUCAGCUCCUCUUCGAGCCGUUCCUAAAUCAUCCUCUCGCAGAAACUCAAACGCUCCACUAGAAACUUCAGUCCAAGAAUCAAAUGCGUCGACACCCCCCAAACAGGUCAGCAGUCUGGAUCCGAACCCGAAUCCGCCUUCUGGUUCAUCUUUCUUCAGCUCGAUUUCUGUUCUUCUUGGCCGUUUAAGAGGAGGCGAGUUUAAGGUUGAUGCGCUGGGGUUGGAGAUUAUGUCCGUUGCAUUGCCUGCUGCAUUGGCUCUUGCAGCUGACCCCAUUUCCUCACUGGUGGAUACUGCCUUUGUUGGCCAUUUGGGAUCCGUUGAGCUGGCGGCAGUUGGUGUGUCGGUUUCAGUGUUCAACUUGGUGUCAAAACUGUUUAAUGUUCCUUUGCUAAACAUAACUACUUCUUUUGUUGCUGAAGAACGGGGGUUGCUUAGUAAAGGUGAUAACGAUUUCAUAAAUACUGGCACAGAUUGUUUGGGUGAUUAUGAAGGCAAGAAGCACCUACCUUCAGUAUCAACUUCUUUAGCACUAGCUGCUAGCUUUGGGAUUAUGGAAACUGUUGCACUCUCUUUAGGCUCAGGUUUUUUGAUGAAUAUCAUGGGUAUUGCUGUGGAUUCACCAAUGCGCAUACCUGCUGAGCACUUUCUUACCCUAAGGGCCUUUGGCGCUCCACCACUUGUCAUUGCACUCGCAGCACAAGGCACUUUCCGUGGAUUCAUGGAUACCAAGACUCCUUUAUAUGCCAUUGGUGCUGGCAAUUUGCUAAAUGCAAUAUUGGAUAUAGUCUUGAUAUUUCUCUUUGGUCUUGGGAUUGGUGGCGCUGCUAUUGCAACUGUGACAUCUGAGUAUCUGAUUGCAUUUAUCCUAGUUUGGAAAUUGAAUGAUAAAGUGUUACUCACCACUCCAAACAUUGACGGGCGGAGGGUUGUAAAUUAUCUAAAAUCUGGGGGCCUUCUAAUUGGCAGGACUUUAGCAGUGCUUGUAACUAUGACAUUAGCAACAUCUAUGGCAGCAACAGAGGGCCCUAUACUAAUGGCUGGUCAUCAGAUCUGCUUACAAGUUUGGUUGGCAGUGUCUUUGCUUAUGGACGCCUUGGCACUGGCUGGUCAGGCUAUUCUUGCCAGCAAUUAUUCUCAGGGAAAUUAUGGACAAGCACGCCAAGUAAUUUAUAGGGUUCUACAGAUUGGUUUAAUUACUGGAAGUGCUUUGGGUGUUAUAUUGCUGCUCGGUUUUGGAGCAUUUUCUAGCUUAUUUAGCACAGAUGUGGAAGUUUUGAAAAUUGCCAGGUCUGGUGUCUGGUUUGUUGCUGGAUCCCAACCAAUUAAUGCUGUUGCAUUUGUAAUUGAUGGACUUUACUAUGGGGUUUCAGACUUUGGAUUUGCUGCCUACUCCAUGUUUCUAGUUGGAUUGAUCUCUUCAGUGUUCCUGCUUCUGGCUGCUCCGGUAUAUGGUUUGGUUGGAGUCUGGACUGGAUUGUUCCUCUUCAUGACAUUGCGUGUAGCAGCAGGGAUUUGGAGGUUGGGCACAAAAAAUGGACCAUGGAAAGUGAUUUGGUCUAAGAUGGAGCACAAAAAUGACUGAGUUUUGGAUGGAAAAAUGUUUUGCCUGCUGAUGAUGGUGGAUGCCGUUGGGUUUGCGAGGCAUUACAAGAGGAAGUACUUCAGACAUCAAUGAUCAAUUGAGCAGUCAAUGCUUUACAUCAGGUGUUUGUCCAGUGAUUUGCACCCAUAGCUAUUUUCCUAAUAAGUCAUUUGUUCAAAGUAACUUUGAGCAGCUAAGCAAUCGGAGAUCAUGACAGCUUUUGUGCGAACAAAUGGAGAGUAACGUUUAUCUAGUACAAAGGUAUGCGAUUGUCUUCCAUGAGGUUCCCAAAUCUUAUGUUGGAAUUGCCUCGUGUAAACUGCAAAAAUGGUGCUUAGAUGGUCCGAGGAUCAGGAAUUAGGACUCUAAUAUAUGUACAUUUCAUGUUGGGUCACACCCAUUUCACCGCAAAAUGUAUAUGUGAGAUUC